AUUUGAAUCUUGCAAAGACUAGAGUACAGCAACUUUAACAUCUAUCUAACAAUCUCUGUCUCACUUCACAAUCGUACUACGUUAAUUCCUGUCUCCAAUGGCCACAUCGGUGAAGAACAACUUUCUGAACCCUGCACUGGUUUCAAAUCUCCAACAAGCACUGAUCCGUAGAAAGGACAGUGUGCAGGAGCAGCACCUCAACAAAGCCAAAGAACCCUCAAAAGCUUCUUCCAAGCCCGUGGUACUAGUCACCAAUGGAGAAGGCAUAGACUCUCCUGGCCUCACACUCCUCGUUGAGGCACUCCUUCGUGAUGAACUUCUUGAUGUCCAUGUCUGUGCCCCACAAUUGGAUAGAUCGGUGUGUGGUCACUCGGUUACCACUGGGGAGACUCUAGCUGUGUGUUCAGCACAAGUUGGUGGUGCCAACGGUUUUCAAGUGUCAGGAACCCCUGCAGAUUGUGUCUCUUUGGCUUUAUCUGGGGCAUUGUUUUCUUGGUCAAAACCUGUUUUGGUAAUUAGUGGACUAAACAAAGGAGCAACUUGUGGUUAUGACACGUUGUACUCCGGAGCUGUUGCUGGAGCUAGAGAAGCACUGAUUUGUGGUGUGCCUUCUCUUUGUAUAUCAUUGAACUGGGAAAAGAAUGUGAGCAGUGAAAGUGAUUUGAAGGAUGCAGUUACCGCAUGUUUACCAUUAGUUCACGCAGCCAUAAGAGAUAUUCAGAAAGGGAUUUUCCCCAAGAAUUGCUUCCUCAAUAUAGCGAUCCCAAGCUGUCCUCUGACAAAUAAGGGUGUCAAAGUGACAAGGCAAAGUCCACAGAGGUCUUCCUUAAGUUGGCAGGCUGUGUCAACAAAUACGAAUCCUUCAGCCGGACGUUACAUGUCUAACCAGCAAAGUCUUGGAAUCAUGUUAGCACAACUAGGACGAGAUGCCUCUGCUGCUGCAGCAGCACGGCGUUUAAACUCAAACCGUAAGAACGUGGAGGUUGAAUCAGUUGGUGUUGCUGGAAAACUCAGUUCUCAACAAACCAUAAAGAAAUACUUCAGAAUGGAGUUAACAGAGAAAAGGCAGCAGAACAUAGAGGAGGAUUUAGACUCAAGAGCACUUGAAGAGGGAUUUGUUACAGUUACCCCUUUAUCUUUGUAUGCAAAUAGUCACAUGGAAAUUCAGUCAUCAGUGUCCAGCUGGUUAGCUAUUGCACUCAGUGGUGAUCAAUGAAACAAGCUGCUAAGUUUCUGUGGCAGUAAUUGUAGAGUAAUUUGCAUUGUAGUUGUGGCAAUUUGAUAGUGAGUCAAUGCUUCACAAGUUCUAUAUUGUGAGAUCUUUGAGAGUAGUGUGUAUCAUUGAUUAGGUACUUGCUACUAUUUCAUUAAUUUACAUCAAAUAUUCCUAGUCCACAGUUGUGAUUCAAUCUUUUACUGUUGGGGUGAAAUCAAAGGAUAUGCACAUAUU